GGCCGGGCCAGUUCCUCCCACAGUGGCUGCAGAGAGCAGGCAGAAGAAGAACAUGGCAGAUCCUGAAACUGUCACCACCCAGCAGAACGGUGCUGACCCGGCAGCCACUGGCUCCCUUGUCACAGAGGAGAACGGAGGAAGCCCCGAGUGUGAGCAGACUGACAAAGUGAAUGAGACAGAUGCUCCUCAAAAGGAUUCUGACGAGGAGCAGAAAGCGGUGGCAGCAGAAGAAAGCGCUUCCGAAGGCAUGGAAGAAGAGGGGGUGACGGAAGAACCUUUGGGCCCGGAUGACGUGGUGUGUGAUUCGUGCAUCGAGAGCCCCUGCAGGGCUCUCAAGUCCUGCCUCACCUGUCUGGUGUCCUACUGCGAGGCCCACCUCCGGCCUCACCUGGAGAACCCGAAGUUUCAGAACCACCGGCUGGUGGAUCCGCUCCGGGACAUCGAGAGGAGGACCUGCGAGAUCCACAAGUGGCCCCUGGAACUGUUCUGUUAUGCGGACGACUGCUGCGUCUGUCAGGACUGCGUGGGCGAGGAGCACAGGGGCCACAACACUGUUGCUGUGGUUGAGGCUCGCCGCCGGGUCGAGAGGGAGCUGAAGGACAAGCGCAGUGAGAUGACCAAGACAGUGACGGCGGCGGAGAACGCCAUCAGCAAGCUGCAGCUCAACACCGUCUCCAUCGAGCAUUCGGUGACGGAAGUGCGGGCGGUCAUCGAGGAUCAGUUCGAGCAGCUGCAGGCGGCGGUGGAGAAGGCCAAGCGGGAGGUGACGGAGAUCCUGGAGGGCGAGGAGAAGCAGGCGUUGCGGCAAGCUGAGGGCAUCCGGGUGCACCUGGAGCAAAGGUGUGGCGAGCUCAAGAAGACACAGGUGCAGGUUGAGAAGCUCUCCAGGAACAAGAAUGACGUGGACUUCUUACAGGAGUACUCCGAGUGGAAGAAGGAGGCGUCCGACAUUUCUCUACCGGGUGUGUACAUCGGGCUGAUGGAUCACCUCAACUCCGUCAGCCGCGUCAUUGUGGACGCCACGCAGGAGCUGUGUGCCAUGCUGGUGACGUCCUACAUGGACAAGGUGAAGGAGACGUGCAACACUGAUAAAAUGGGAAUAAAGACGACAGUCCACGCCAUCGUCGCAGCCAAACACAACAUGACAAUUCCAGAUCCGGAGACUCGAGCGGAUUUCCUCAAGUAUGGCGCUCAGGUGAGUUUUGACGCCGACACCGCCCACGUCUUCCUGCGUCUCACCGAAGACAACCACAAAGUGACCAACACCACGCCCUGGCAGCAUCCCUAUCCCGACGUUCCUGAGCGCUUUGACAGCUGGCGCCAGGUGCUGGCGGGGGAGAGCUUCUAUCUGGGCCGCCAUUACUUUGAGGCGGACAUCAGUGGCGAGGGCACGCACGUGGGCCUCACCUACAAAAGCAUCGAGCGCAAAGGCGAGGAGAGCAACGCCUGCAUCACCGGGAAUAACUUCUCCUGGUGCCUGCAGUGGAAUGGACGCACCUUCUCGGCCUGGCACAGCGGCGUGGAGACGCCCCUCAACGUGGGCAAGUUCACGCGCAUCGGGGUGUACGUGGACUCCACCAAAGGUCUCCUGUGCUUCUACGGCGUGGAUGACGCCAUGACGCUCAUUCAUCGCUACGAGGCCGAGUUCCUGGAGCCGCUUUACCCAGCGUUCUGGUUGUCCAAGAAGGAGAACAUCGUCGCUUUGGUGCCGCCUGGAGAGCCCUUACCUUUGAAAAGCCCCUCUCCUCCCACAUCACCCGCUAACGGUGUCCCGCUUCCGUGAAGGCUCGUCUCCUGGGAGAUGCGGGACGUUUCAGCCAUGCGUGAGGCGUGUGAAGGGACCUUCGAUAUCCGCCAUAUAUUUAUACUAUACUUAAACUUGUUGGAUGAACACAAACUUCACCUUCAGAUGGUUGAAAGACAAACAAACUGAUGAAAUAAAGCAGGAGCAGCCUCCAUGUUGCAUCAACACAACACACCGUGAUAUUUUUAUCAUGUCUUUUUACAACACAUAUGCACAGCACAACUACUUUUUAAAAGUACAGUAAUCCCUCGUUUAUCGCGGUUAAUUGGUUCCCGCAAAGUAGGAUUCCUUAUUUUUGAAUCAAAUAUUUUGGUAGUUAGAGCACAGAAAACCUGUUUACGACCUUCUAAACAUGGUUUUUAACAUUAUCAGAGCCCUCAAGACAUGAAAUAACACCCUUAUAGUCACCUUUACACUCGUCUUAGCCAAUAAGUCAUGUAAGACAUAAAUAAGACAUAAUAUAGACUAUAGAAUAUAGGCCGUGGGUCAUUUGGUACCGGGUCGCACAGAAAGAAAAAAUAAUAUCCAUUAUUUCAUUUUUUAUGUUUUAUUUUGAAAAGUGUCCGGAUUCUCUCUGUUACAUCCGUCACACUUGACGCAUGUCCAUUGUGCGUGUGCUAACUUUAUCUCAUGCCGCGCAAAUAGACUACAACUGUAUUUUUACCAUUUUUCUUUCACCUCAUAUGUGGUGUCAAAUGCUGAUACUAUGUAAGGUAAGUUUUGAUGACUUAUUGAGUGCUAAUGUGCACAUUUUUUUCUCAAGUUAAUUCAUGCUAGCACACUGCCUUUUACCACACACGUCAAACAGCCAUGUAAUCAUCUCUCUGGAAACACUUGGCUGGAACUUGAACUGGUGGAUGGUGGGUCGCCAUUCAUUUUGUGCUUUUAAUUUGAUGUUAUUCAUGUCUUAGUUUUACACAAUACAUAAUAAAUAAUAAAGGUAUCAAUAAUAAUAAAAUAAUCGAGGCCCCUCCCCCCCGUCCGAGGGAGAUUUGUGGGAACACAAGCCGGUCCGUGAGGUCAAAAAAGGUUGGGGACCACUGCUGUGUUGUAUAACAUGUUGUACGCAAACAUAAUGUACUAAA